AUGUUGUACGUCAGGCAAGUAAAGAUGACUGACUUCAGAAAGUUCAAGUUCAAGGUCACCAACGCGAUUGGAUCGUCAGUUGCCAGGGUGCAGUUGCAACAAUUUGAAGAUACACAAAGAAUCCAAUCAGCCAACCAGAACGUUCAUCCAGCCAACAACAUCAACAACAUCAUCGGCAACGAGACCAUGAUGAACCACCUCCAUCAUCACCACCAACUGAAACAACAGCAACAACAACAGCUAGCAAACUCGAAACGACGCAGCCACGACAAACAUGCGAACAACAACAACCCCAGCGCUCAUCGGAGCCUCAACGAUGCUGACCGGGACACUAAGAAAGAUGGAGACGACGACGACGACGUUGAUGCUGUUGAUGAUGACAACAACGAUGAUGCCAUGCCAGACACAUACGGUUCGACUCAACUAAACAAAAGAGAUAAAAAUGAACAAAGUAAUGACAUAAACGCCAUUAUAAACGACAACAUAAAGAACAACCAAAAAUAUCAGCAGCCAAAAAGUCUAAAGAAUUUGAAGUUUAAAAAACCAAGCAGAAAGAUGUUCACGUUACGAUCGUCGGGGACGCAUUUAAAGGCAAUCAUCCUCAUCGUCGCCAUCUUCUCCUUAUCAACGAGCUCGUUCUUCAUUUCAACUUUCCAUUUCAACCUUAAUUAUCUUUACCCUUUCCGAAACAAUAUUAAGACUGCAUCUCUUAAAGCUGAUAAAUAA